UGAUCGCCGGUGCGCUGUGUCCCUCGGACACAACGGAUCACGAAAAGAGCCGAAGAUGUCAGCUCGGUCAUGUGAUCAGCUGCGUCCAAUCACAGCUGAUCACAUAGGAGAGCCGGUAAUCAGCUUUCCGCGAAGGGGACAUGUACACUGAUCAUCAGGGCACUGAUGAUCACUAAGUGCCACCUGUCAGUGUCCAUCAGUGCCAGCAGUCAGUGCUCAUCAGUGCCACGUGCCAGUGCCCAUCAGUGCCAUAUCAAUGCAACAUAUCAGUGCAUACUAGUGCACAUCAAUGCCACAUAUCAGUGCCCAUCUGAGCUGCCUUUCAAUGUCACCCAUCAGUGCCAGUCAGUGCCACCUAUCAAUGCCAAUCAGUGCCACCAAUCAGUG